AUGGCUGCACGACCCGUGUUUGCUGCGCUCGACAACGUCCCCCUCCCCGUUCCUACCCUCGCGACACUCCACCGCGCCGAGCAAGACCUCCCCACAGUGACCGCCUACCCGCCCACCGCCGACGAACUCGCCAACGCCCGUCGUGUCGCAAGCGAGUACCGUCAUGCUGCAGAGGUCUACAAUCCCGUCGCGCCGGAGUUCCAGCAGAACCAGUCGGCCGCCGAGCUCUACGCCGUCGCCGUCGAGAACCUUGCUGCCACGCAGUACUUCACGGCGACCCCUGGCGGAGGACAAGUCGCCGUUCCUGCACCCGCCCAGCCUGGACCCACCUAUCUCGCAAUGCAGUCUGCUGGCAUCGGCGGACCCUUCCUCAUCCUUGCCUCCGCUCUCGACGGCAUCAACGAGGACUUGCGGGGAAUCAGGGAGGACUUGCGGGGCGUCAAGGAGGACGUCAAGACGAUCAAUAACAACGUCUGGACCUUAAGGCCCCGCUAG